GACGUUUUACAGCGCACCCUGAAUGCAUCCUGACCGGUUACCCACGGUCACCGGACACGCGUGCGUUCACGUGAACGGUAUCGACUGACUGACUGCUCGGUGAGCCGGCUGCCACCGUUUACCGGCUCCGUUUACCGGCUCCGUUCACCGGUUAGAGGAGCUGUUAGCGGGUUAGCUUGCGGUUCGAGCUAACAGCUAACAGCUAACAGCUAACAGAAGAUGGAGGAGUUUCUGUCGAGUUGCCGCCGAGCCGCGCAGGUGGAUCAGGAUCCGGCUGGUUCUGGGUUCCAUGUUGUUCUGGGGAAUGAAGCCUGUGACGUGGACUCCAUGGUCUGUGCUCUGACCUACGCCUACUUCCUGUCCAAGACUGCACAGAGUCAGAUGCUCGCUCUCCCGCUGUUGAACAUCCGGCAGGCGGACCUGGUGCUGCGCUCAGACAACGUCUACCUGCUGAGACAGGUCGGUCUGUCUCCAGACCUGCUCCUCUUCAGGGACCAGCUGGACCUGAGAGCGCUGCAGAAAGCUGGACGCCUGCGGCUGACGCUGGUCGACCACAACGUCCUGCCCAGUUCAGACAGCGACCUGGAGGGGGCUGUGGUGGAGGUGAUUGACCAUCACCUGCUGGAGAGAGAGCCCUCCCCGUUCUGUCCUGUUACCGUGGAGACGGUGGGUUCCUGUGCUACCUUGGUAACAGAACGCAUCAUCCAGAAAACUCCGGAAAUCCUCGACCAGCAGGUUGCUCAACUGCUCUACGCUGCCGUGGUGUUGGACUGUGUCAACAUGGCUCCAUCAGCAGGUAAAGUGACGGUUAAAGACUCAGAGCUUGCGUUGGCGUUGGAGAGUCGUUUCCCUGCUCUGCCACCGAGAGGCGCCCUGUUCCACAAUCUCAACAACGCCAAGUUUGACGUCACAGGUCUGAACACUGAACAGAUGUUGUUGAAGGACAUGAAAUCUGUUUCAGGAAGUUUGAAUCUUGCCAUCUCUGUCCUCUACAUCAACCUGCAGGACUUCCUGCAGGGGGUGGAGUUAGAGGCGGAGCUCUCAGCUUUCUGUCUAAAGUUUGGAUUUGACCUGCUGCUGCUGAUGACCAUCUCCUUCACUGAGAGCAGUGAGCCAAUCAGAGAGCUCGCUGUGUUCAGCCACAGCACCACCUGCAGGGAGGAGGUGAGCCUCUACCUGGAGCAGGCUCGUAACCCCGCCCUCAAACUCCGUCCAAUCAGCACCCUUUAUCCGCACAUCACAGCCUAUCAGCAAGGAAACUCUCUGGCCUCUCGGAAGAAGCUCCUCCCUAUCGUCAAGGACUUCCUUAAGGAGCGGGAUGGAGACGGUCGUCUGGGAGACGGUCGUCUAGGAGACUUGGUGGCGGCGGCGGUGGAGGAGGAGGAGUGCCGGGUUCCUCCGACCCCGAUGAACAGCCUGGUGGAGGGCUGUCCUCUGGACGGCGGCCUGCCGCGCAUCAGCGCUCACGACCUGGAGGAGAAGUUCAGCAAGAUGGCUGACUCUGACCUCUGACCUCUGACCUGUCAGUCAUCAGGACAGCUCUGAGGUCCGUCUGUGUCUGUCGAUGACGACAGCGGUGAUGAUGAAGAUGAAGGUAACGCAGAAGCAGACAGGACGGCGUCUUCAGUUGGAGCUGGAGGUCAGCCCUUCAAAAUAAAAUGUAAAAUACACAGAACCUGUUGGUGGACUGCUGUGAUGUCACCGAGGACUGCUGUGAUGUCACCGAGGACUGCUGUGAUGUCACCGAGGACUGCUGUGAUGUCAGUGUCGUCUGUCCCACACAGUAUUAUCAUUAUUGAUUAUCUGUUAAUUAUUGAUUGAUUAGUUGUAAUACAGACACAGUCAAUCAUUUGCUCAUUCUUUCUUUUGAUCGACUAAUUGAUCAACUAUUGAUCAACUAUUGACAGAGUUCUUUAAAUAAAGUUUGAAUAUUGGAAGAA